CUCCCACAGAGCUUCCCCCGGCCGUUUCCGGUUGUACUUGGAAGCACGAGUUCAGGCCGCCGCUGCGAUUGACUGGCUGCUGGCGGCUGCGUGAGCCUUCUUAGAACGGCGGCGGGGGAAGCCAGUCUUCAGCCAACAUGUCCAGCAGAAAUAACAACAAGCUGCCCAACAAUCUGCCGCAGUUACAGAAUCUGAUCAAGCGGGACCCGCCAGCCUACAUCGAGGAGUUUCUUCAGCAGUAUAAUCACUACAAAUCCAAUGUGGAGAUUUUCAAGUUACAACCAAAUAAACCCAGCAAAGAAUUGGCAGAGCUGGUGAUGUUUAUGGCACAGAUUGGUCACUGCUACCCAGAACAUCUAAGUAACUUUCCUCAAGAACUGAAAGAUCUUCUUUCCUACAAUCAUAGUGUAUUGGAUCCGGAUCUUCGAAUGACAUUUUGCAAAGCUCUGAUCUUGCUGAGAAAUAAGAAUCUCAUCAAUCCAUCAAAUUUACUAGAGCUCUUCUUCGAACUUCUGCGUUGCCAUGAUAAGCUUCUGCGAAAGACUUUAUACACGCAUAUUGUAACUGAUAUCAAGAAUAUAAAUGCAAAACACAAGAACAAUAAAGUGAAUGUAGUUUUGCAGAAUUUUAUGUAUACCAUGUUAAGAGAUAGCAAUGCAACUGCAGCCAAGAUAUCUUUGGAUGUGAUGAUAGAACUCUACAGAAGGAAUAUCUGGAAUGAUGCCAAAACUGUUAAUGUUAUCACAACUGCAUGUUUCUCUAAGGUCACCAAGGUGAGCACUUGUAGGGCUGUGUGGAAACACUGUCUUUGUGGUCUGUUUCUAUGGAUAGAAGGUAAAGGAACUGGAUAUGUAAAGAAGUGGUGGAUGGAAUGUGGGAUUUAUAAACAAAAGAAGAAAAAAAAGCCAGAGGUGUUUAACUUUUCAGCCAUUCACUUGAUUCAUGAUCCCCAAGAUUUUGCAGAAAAAUUACUAAAGCAGCUGGAGAGCUCUAAGGAAAGGUUUGAAGUGAAGAUGAUGCUCAUGAAUCUCAUCUCCAGAUUGGUGGGAAUUCACGAGGCAUUGCUGCUGCUGCUGGUGCCACUAGCCGGGGUCUGGUCAUGGGCCUCCGCCUCGUGCCCAACGCCGCCGCUCUUCAACGUGAGCCUGGACGCGGCCCCAGAGCUGCGCUGGCUGCCGGUGCUGCGGCACUAUGACUCGGACUUGGUGCGCGCGGCGGUGGUGCAAAUCAUCGGAGACAGAGUCCCCAAGUGGGCCCUCACGUUGAUUGGAAAGGUGAUCACGGAGCUGGAGAGCUUCCUUCCCCAACCCUUCACCGACGAGAUCCGCGGCAUGAGCGACUUCCUGAACCUCAGCCUGGCGGACGGUCUCCUGGUCAACCUGGCCUACGAGUACUCUGCAUCUGAGCAAGGUGGCCAUGAUUCCUAUGCGGGAUCAGCUGUAGAGGGGUCCUCCGUCACUCUCACCAAAGCAAUAUUCCCAGAAAUUGAAACCCGGGUCACAGGGCGACACAGAAUGCUGCCUCCUCUGGCCCAUCAUCUUGGAUCUCCCAAGGGUAAACCUACAGAAGCAUCUGUUGAAGCAAGAGUACAAGAAUAUGGUGAAUUGGAUGCUAAAGAUUACAUUCCAGGAGCAGAGGUUCUGGAAAUUGAGAAGGAAGAGAAAACAGAAAAUGAUGAAGAUGAAUGGGAAAGUACCAGUCUCAGUGAGGAGGAAGAUGCCGAUGGUGAAUGGGUUGAUGUGCACCACUCUUCAGAUGAAGAGCAGCAAGAAAUUUCUAAGAAACUAAACAGCAUGCCUAUCGAGGAGCGGAAAGCCAAAGCUGCAGCCAUCAGCACUAGUAGAGUUUUAACUCAGGAAGACUUCCAGAAAAUCCGCAUGGCCCAAAUGAGGAAAGAACUUGACGCUGCCCCUGGGAAAGCCCAAAAAAGAAAAUACAUUGAAAUAGACAGUGAUGAGGAGCACAGGGGUGAAUUACUUUCUCUUCGGGACAUUGAACGCCUUCAUAAAAAGCCAAAGUCUGACAAGGAGACAAGACUAGCAACUGCAAUGGUGAGUGAUACAUUAACAUUAAAAUGA